UCUCUCUCUCUCUCUCUCUCUCUCUGUCUGUCUCGCUCGUCGUAGCUCCGAAGGCCAGUCUCCUCUUGCCCUCGGAACCCUAACCCUAGUCCGGGGAACGGACGAAAACAUAACCUUAGCACGAAGGGGCUCCGAUUCGAUCGCCAUUAGCGGAGAGAUCUCCGCCCAUUCGCUCUAUUCACAGGGUGGACAUCCUGAGGGUGCAUUUAAGAGAAAGGAAGUAUCUUACCGUCAGGGCAUCACCUGUCGUAUACUGCAUCCUGAACUUGUAGAAAAUUUGAGUUAUAAGGCUUGGUUGGUGGACACUGGACGCUCUAUCCCUGGGAAUGAAAUUGCUGAAGAGGUCCACAACUUCUUUGGGCAAGACCAAACAUCCCAGAGUCAUCAGUCUACAAUUGGAAAUGGGAGUAGGCCAAAUUUCAAUAGCAAUUUGCAGUCUGGAAUGCAAAGCCAGAGUAAAAUACCCCUGAAUGUUAGUUCAAAAAAUUCCACUACUUAGUCUAUAGACUUUUGGUCUGAUUUUUCACUCAGACAAAUCUUGGUCCAGAUUUUGGUAACAGUCAGCCUAGAAAACCAACAGUUGGGUUUGAAAGGAUUUAUGCAUGCUCUCAAGAUACUCAAACAAGGCUUGAUCAAGCAGAGUUUUUAGAGGAUAAUUCUUUUUCUGAUAGACAUAAUUCUACAUUUAGAGGCUUGGCUACUUUUAAUCCAACAGCUGGGGGAAUGCUCCUCAGCACAGUUCGGGCCUUAUAAAAGAUUCAGAAACAUAAGAGUUUGCUCAGGCUACUGUUAAUUUUGACUUUCAUGGUAGUCAACAGCAGCUCAUUAGGAGCCACCUCCUAGGAACAUUACAACCUCAUCUAAGGCAGCAGCCAGGUUUUAGCAACAUGCAGCUGUGGCAACAACAGUUGAUGUACAAACAGCUACAACAGCUUCAGAGACAGCAGCAACUUCAGCAGCUGGAUCAAGGGCCAAGGCAGCAGAAUCCGCUUAAUCAAUUGUCUUCUGCUGCAAAGCCAGCAGCUAUGAAUCAGUUUCCUGCUCCUAUCAAUGAAAUUCCCAUCAAUGAUGCAUCUAACUAUGCAUGGUCAAAUAAUUUUGUAGGAGGUGAGUCCAAAUCACCUGGCAUUCCUCAGAUGUUUGUUGCUGGUAACACGAACUGGACACAACCCAGUGGCUCUCCUGCCAUGCAAAGUUUGACAAAUGGUAUGAUGUUUCCAAAUGACCAAGGCCAAGCAAUUCAGGCGAUGGGGUUUGUGCCACAGCAGCUUGAUCAGUCUCUGCAUGGCAUGCCAGUCUCCAGCAGCAGAGGUUCCAUGAAUCAAUACUCUCAGUUCCAAGGGAUGCCUAGUGAUAAUAUGGAUAUGAUGACUAAGACAGUUGGAAACCAAGCAGAAAAAGUGUCUAUGCAUUCAGGUCCACUUAGAUCUUUUCAAAGUGGGCAGAGUUUUGCUGAACAAGCUGGUUUGCAAGAUAAUAUAUCAAUGUCUACGCAGAGCUUUCAGGGAAAAAGUUUGUUUGGGAAUGCUAUGGUGCAGAGUGUAAGUAGUAGUGUUGCAUCAGGAAAUUUUCAGCAAGCGAAUCAUUUGCAGCGCAGUUUUCAGUUCCAGAAUUUUCAAGGUAUGCAGGAGCAAGCUGAUUUGUCAGGCGACUUGCAUGAAAAACCAGCACCACAAGUAGGACCUUCUCAUGAUGUAGCAAGUUUAGAUCCGACAGAACAGAAGCUCUUGUUUGGUACUGAUAAUGAUGACAAUUGGGGAUUUUCUUUUGGAAGGAGUGUUGACUCUUGUACAGGAGGCUCUCUGCAUGGAAAUUCAUUGGACAAUGAUUAUUGUGGUGCAUUUCCAUCUGUCCAGAGUGGCAGUUGGAGUGCGCUUAUGCAGGAGGCUGUACAGGCUUCUAGUAGUGACAUGGGGCAUCAGGAAGAAUGGAGUGGCCUGACAUUCCACAAAAGAGAACCCUCUAUUGGAAACCAUUUGGCUACACCUAAUGACAAUGGGAAACAGCAAGCAACAUGGAAAGACAAUAACCUGCAGAACACACCUUCUUUAACUUCAAGACCUUUGCCUUUGUUUAACAAUGCUGAUGCAAGCACAAGCCUUUCUACUGCCCCUGGUUUUCAUCAUUCUUUUACAUCUGUAUAUGAACAAAAUGAUAAAGUACCAGCUGAAGCUUCCCAUGAGUCCUUCCAGCAGUUAGCUAGAGAAACACAGAACAAGCAGUCUCUUCAUAAUCAGAAUCAAAAGCAGUUUCUUGAGGGUGGCCUCCAAUCACAAAUGCAUACAAAUGACGGUGUUGGGGCUGGGCAAUCACAUGGGCAGAUGGAAAACAAUUCAUGUUAUGCAACAGUGGAGUCUAAGUCUCAUAACAUGCAGGGUGCUUGGACUCACCAGCAAAACAUGCCUUUGUCAAAUACUACUACUCAGUCAAGUAACAAGCCAAAUGGCUGGAACAUGAAACAUUCACUGGUUAAUGACGACACUAAGUAUGGUCAAAGGAAUAAUACAAAUAGAUUUAUGAAUAUUGAAAGGAGUUGUGAUGGCAGUGUGUGGAAGGUUAGUGGAAAUCAAGUGACUUUGACAGGUGGACCACAGUCGGUGAAAUCUGACAUUGGCAGUCCCCAGAUGCAAAGCGAUGCUUCCUGUAUGGGUAAUAUAACUAGUGUUAUGGAUUCGAGCACUUUGAGAGUGAAUCAGGAAAUGAAUCAGUAUCUAUUUAAUAGACAUCAGAUUGACCGUGGAAAACAUGUUGCCCUUGAUUCCUUUGUAAAUUCUGCAAAUGAUGAAAAUGUGGGAGGAAACCAGUAUAAUAGAAGCAGUGGAUCACAAGCUUGGGAAUCAACCAGAAAUAAUGCUGGAAAAGAAUUGGUUGAAAACUAUGACAGCAAGCAUGAACAUUCAAAGGUGGUUUCAAAUGAAGACUAUAUGUCAAACCAUUCAAAUCUUGGGCAGCAUAGAAGUAGUGGAGGUGCUGCAAGGGAGAGCCCCUUGUCAACUGAAGAUGACCCCCAUGCUUUGGGUAGUGGCAGCCAAAAAUCAUUCUGUCAGUCUGGUCAACAAACUCUGGGGUCCCACAUGCUCCAGUAUCCUCAAAUGGAAAGUAUGGGGAUGAAUAUCCAACCAUCUAUCCUCCCUUUCCAGGCAUCAUACCCUCAGGGUCUGCCUCGAUCAGUGAUCCAAGGAUCAAAUCAGGAGCAAAGAUAUAUUGGGCACUCACAGUUUGCUGGACCUGUUGCUUCAAACAAUGUCAUUGGCAUGGCGAAGGGAAACUUUAGUAAUUUAGAGAGAAGUCCAAAAGGAGCAGAGGACAUGCAAUCUAGAGGUACUGUACCAAACCAUGACUCUACUGGGUAUGCUUCCUUUGAUGGAUCAAGUGCUCAAGAUUCUCAGAAUAAGGGAAUUGGUCACACAAGUCAGGAUAUGCUUGAGCUUCUUCACAAGGUGGACCAGUCAAGGGAUGUCAAAUCUAUUGCUACAUCUGAUAUAACUGAAGCAGCUGUUUCUGAUAUCUCUGCUUCUCGUCCUCAACUUGUUCAGUCUUCUGCCUCACAAGGUUUUGGCUUAAGAUUGGGUCCACCAUCCCAACGGCAACCAGUUUCAAACCAGCCUUCUCAGACUUCCUUACAUGAUUUUAGUAGUAAGCAACUUGACCAUGAAUCAAGGAACAAAGAUCGAACAUGGUUAGCUUCUAUGGCUUCAAUUCAACCUCUGCCUCAUGAAACAUCUAAAAUAGAAAACUGGGACACUAAAUGCAUUGUAACUGGACAUACAUGCAGGGAAACCUCACAAUCAUAUAGUCAGGUCAACUCAUCAUCGGCAGCUGCUUUAGAUCUUUCUCAUACUGGAAUCCAGUCGCAGCAGCAGCGGCAGCAACACCACCUGUCUAGAGCAUCUGGAAAUGAGACAGUGGAGCUAUCUGCAAAAGUUUCUCUUGGCAGUCUGGCUAAUGUAAAUUCAUCCAUUAAAAAUAUUCCUCUCAGACAGCAACAUGAAUCUCAUGACAGAGUUUUAGCUGAUCAACCUUUUCAGGCAUCAGUGCCUAAUCUGUCUGGAAGGAUUCCACCUUUUAGGCUUGCUUCCUCUGCUGAUACUCAUGCACCUCCUGCUUCACCGUUUUAUUCUGCACAGACAGAUCAUUCCCAACCAAUGGAUGCAGGCUUUUCUCGUACUGGAAAUUCAGGCCAGCAACUCUCUGUAGUAGACUCUGGAUCAGGUUCGCAAUCUUCUACAUCGGGGAUGCCUCAGCAAGUUGGCUUCUCAAAAAUGUUGCAUAAAGUAUGGACAAAUAUAUCAGCUCAACGUCUAGCAGGCAUCCAGCCUCGCAAGCUUACUCCUGCUAUACUUCAGUCCAUGAUUUUAUCUAGUAAUAACAGGAGUGCAGGUCCUUGGGGCCUACAGAAGGCGGAUGAUCAAAAACAAAAGGGAGAAAAUGCUCCAUCUGAGGCUGGUACAUGUUCUGUCAAAUCACAGCAAGCCAUCUAUGGAGACGAACAUCCAGUCAUGGAUAGUUCCUUGCAACAAGUAUCUUCUGAGGGGCUGGAUGUUGCUGCAAAGACAGGCAUUGCAUCCCAAGGGCAAGAACCCAUGCGAAAGCAUAUGUUAGAAGGAAGUCCUGCUGUCUCGAUUUCGUCCUUGGUCCGUCUUCAUCAGCAAGAUGCCAGCAAGGGAAAACAUGGGCAGGACUCAGCAUGCAACUCGCAGAUGGUGCAUGUUCCUCUUACAAAUGCUGCCUCUUCUAGCGGUGAUGUUGGGUUGUAUUGGCACACUUCAGUACCUUCAGAUGUUAAACAGCAAAAUUACUCUCUGUUGCACCAGAUGCAAGCCAUGAAAGGUGCUGAUUCUGAUCCAAGCAAGAGGGCUGGAAAAAGGCUUAAAGGGUCUGACCUUGGUUCUGAUGCUUCACAGAUGGACUGGAAAGCAGGUCAGGGGCUUGUUUAUGGACAGAAUAUGGCCUUCAGGGUUCCAGCAGAUAGUGAACUGGGUGCAACUUCGCACAGUUCAUUUGCAUCAGAUGUUAAAAUGCUCAGCUUUGCUUCAAGGGACAAUGAAGCGAGAAGUGCAAGCAUGUGUUCCCAGCUCUCUGGUAGAGAAGCAUCUUCUCAGGAUAUGCGCAUUGUAGGAUCUCAUGAUCUUCAAAGUCACGUUCACUCUUCUUCUACAUGUUCUACAUCAGGUCUAGUAGGAGGAAGCAAGCAUCCACAUAUUAGUCCUCAGAUGGCUCCCUCCUGGUUUGGGCAGUAUGGAACCUACAAAAAUGGUCAGAUUCUUGCAGUGUAUGAUGGCCAGAGGACUAUAAAACCUGCCACACAGCAGUUUCAUUUCCCAAAAGUUUCUGGGAGCAUGGAUAACAGUUCCAUAGUAGCUCAAAGAAUGGAUAGAGGUCAUCUUGAUGGUCUUGGGCGAAGCACAUUAUCCACAGCCAUAGCUGCCAACGAAUCUUCUCCUGGUUGCCUCCCUUCUGAUGUCAUGGACCAUGAUAUAGUUCUGAGAAAGAAGCGUAAAAGUGCAACAUCAGAGCUUCUACCAUGGCAUAAAGAGGUUACACAUGGUUCCCGAAGGCUGCAAACUAUCAGCAUGGCAGAGCUGGAGUGGACUCAGGCUUCCAAUAGGUUAACUGAAAAGGUGGAGGAUGAAGCUGAGAUAUUAGAGGAUGGUUUCUCAGUGCCUCGACCAAGAAGAAGACUAAUCUUCACAACUCAGCUAAUGCAGCAGCUUCUUCCUGCUAUACCGGCAGCAAUUCUUAAAACAGAAACAACUUCAGCUUAUGAAAGUGCAACAUACUGUGUUGCUAAAUCAGCACUACUAGAUGCAUGCAGCUUGAUUGAUUGCUCAGGAAGUGAUUCCAGCAUGCAGUUGGACAAGGAAAAUAUGAUAUCUGAAAAACUUGAGACUUCGGAGAAAGUAGGAGACAACAUUUACUCCAAAGUCGUCGAGGACUUCAUUGGAAGAUCGAAGCAGCUGGAAAGUGAAUUUUUAAGGUUGGACAGGAGGACCUCCAUGUUGGAUGCACGACUGGAGUGCCAGGAGUUGGAGAGGUUUUCCAUUGUCAACCGUUUAGGCAAGUUCCAUGGCCGGAAUCACACUGAUGGAGUUGAGAGCUCAUCGACUUCGGAAAAUGCCUCCCGCAAAACAUUUAUGCAAAGAUAUGUUACCGCACUUUCCAUGCCUGGAAAUCUUCCUGAGGGGGUUUUCUGUUUGUCACUCUAGAUCAUUUAUUAAUUGAUUUCCUUUCCUUUUUUUUUUUUUUUCAACCCCUGCCCCAUGCUUUUCCACUCCCCAUUUAUAACAUUCAUAGGCACAUACAUGAACAUGAAACAGGGAGUGCGGGGGAGGAGUUACGUCCCAUAUAUAUAAUAUGAGGAAGCUAAGGCAACCUCAUAGGGGGUGCCCGCCUUUGAAACAAGUGCUUCUUGUGUUUUCUUUUACCCAAAGCACAGGUCUCUGUAUAUUCAUGAAAUUAAGGUAGGUUUGGUUUCACAUCAUUUUCUGGAUGGAGACAGAGUUUAGCACCAUUAGAUAUGUCUCACAUCGUUUUGAGUCAAAAUGGAUAAAUUGAAAAGAAAGCUGAUUGAAGAACUUGUUACUCAGAGAGCAAGUUUCAAAUGUUUUAUUAAUAUGCAAUAGCCAAUCGAAUUCUUGUACAA